UUGCUGGAGGAGGCCACGUGAAUAAGAGCGAUUCAGAGGAGUGACGUAUGUGGUGUAAGUAUUAUCCAGGCCAUAAAGCGCCAUUAAAAUGACGUCAGGACGCGGGUUUGGAGACAGAUGUUGCGGUUGAAAGCUUCAGGGCCUGGCAGGAGCGAACCGAACCAGAACCAGAACCAGAACCAGAACCAGAGGCGCUGACAGGAAACAGCCGCCCAGCUGGAAGAGCGCCGCCCACCAGCUAGCACAAGUCCCUCUCCGUCUGCGGGAGGACAGACACACACGCACAGAGAGAUUCUCUUAGUUUUGCGUGUUUGUGCCCCUGGACAGCGAUGGCGUCGGUCAGAGUCCCUCCACCCAAGGCCCCGGACUGUGUGACCAAGGUGGCGCUGAGCAUCUCCUGCGACAACCUGCUGGACAUGGACGCCUUCUCAAAGUCUGACCCCAUGUGCGUGCUUCAAAUAAACUCCUCAGGCUCUCACUGGUAUGAGAUCGGGCGGACGGAGAAAAUCCAGAACUGCCUAAGUCCCAAGUUCUCCAAAAGCAUCGUCCUCGACUACUACUUUGAGACGGUGCAGAAGCUCCGCUUUGAGUUGUAUGAUAUCGACAGUGAAAACUGCAGCCCAGAAGAGGCGGACUUCCUAGGAGCACUGGAGUGCACCUUGGGACAGAUUGUGUCCUCGAGAAAACUGACAAAGCCUCUAGUAAAGAGAGACAAGACGCCCGCCGGGAAAGGAACAAUAACGAUAUGUGCAGAAGAGUUAACUGACAACAGGGUGGUGGUGUUUGAAGUGGCUGCCAGGAAACUAGACAAAAAGGACUUCUUUGGCAAAUCCGACCCUUUCCUAGAAUUUCACAAGGAGACAGAAACUGGAUGGCAGCUGGCGCACAGGACAGAGGUGGUAAAAUACAACCUAAACCCCAUAUGGAAGCCAUUCAAGAUCCCCAUGCAGUCCCUCUGUGGAGGUGAUGUAGAGAAAUCUAUAAAGAUCGACUGCUACGACUACAACAACAGCGGCUCGCACGAUUUUAUCGGCUCCUUCCUCACAACACUCAGCCACAUACAGCAGGCGUCUCAGUCGUACGCUGCUGAGUAUGAAUGCAUCAACAGCACGAAGAAGCAGAAGAAGAAAAGCUACAAGAACUCUGGAGUUAUAAUCAUAAAACAAUGCAAGAUAGUGAAGGAGUACACGUUUCUGGAUUACAUAAUGGGCGGCUGUCAGAUUAACUUCACAAUUGCCAUCGAUUUCACGGGCUCCAAUGGAGAUCCCAAUUUACCCACGUCCCUACACUACAUCAACCCUCAAGGCUACAACGAGUAUCUGGCAGCGAUCUGGGCGGUCGGUAAUGUCAUCCAGGACUACGACAGUGACAAGAUGUUCCCUGCCUUCGGCUUCGGCGCUCAGCUCCCUCCAACGUGGAAGGUCAGCCACGAGUUUCCCCUCAACUUCAACCCGUCAAAUCCAUUCUGCGCAGGCAUAGAGGGCGUGGUCUUUGCCUAUCAGCAGUGUCUGCCUCAGGUGAAGCUUUAUGGUCCAACCAACUUUUCUCCAAUCAUCAACCAUGUGGCCCAUUUUGGCAGAGAGGCCUUACAGCAGCAAACCGCAUCUCAAUACUUCGUCCUGCUGAUCAUCACCGACGGAGUCAUCACCGACAUGGACGCGACGCGCGACGCCAUCGUCAACGCCUCCCGGCUGCCCAUGUCCAUCAUCAUCGUCGGGGUGGGAGGGGCGGACUUCAGCGCCAUGGAGUUCCUGGACGGGGACGACGGGUCCCUGCGCUCGGCCACAGGCGAGGCCGCCAUGCGGGACAUCGUGCAGUUCGUGCCCUUCAGGCAGUUCCAGAACAGUCCCAAGGAAGCUCUAGCUCAGAGUGUCUUGGCGGAGGUCCCCGGUCAGGUGACGGGCUUCUUCAAUACCAUGAGUCUGAAGCCUCCGCAAAGCCACCCUCCUCCCCAUGACCUCCUGGCAUCAGCGCCUCCUAGUGAUCCGUGCUGAGGACCAUCCAUCCUCCUGACAAAGCCAAGCCCCCUUUGUAAGGUGUCUUUUUAAGCAAAGCUGGCAUGUGUUAUGCAGAGGGACGGACAUGUUGACAUGGGCAGACACUAAACAACUGCUUCAUAUAAAGCUCACAUUUAUCAGGUUACGAGUUCUUAAACGAGACACGCUAUGCAUUGCGCAUGUUAUUUGCUGAGAUCUUAAUGAAUUGGAGGUGAUACGCAGUCUGACCCCACUCCUGCGCUGUUCUUUAACCCGUCUCUACAACCUCCAUCUUCUUUUGUCAUGCUUUUAAACAUGACUCAGAUUACCCCCUCACUAACCCUUUAGAGACGCUUUUGCUGUAUGAGAAGCAAACGGUAUGUAGUCUGAGAGCUCAUACUACCACGCAGCAAACUAAAGGUGCUGCUGCUACCGAGAAACUGACACAACAAUACUAAUAGACUUUAUUUUUUCAGAAGAUGUGUUCAGUUAUUCUUAGCAUAACUUAAAAAAACAACCAACUAAACUAACGAACGGGGGGAAAAUGCUUCUUUAUGCUUUGAUUAAUAACUACAUUACUAUCCUGAGGUUUGUAACCCUCAUGUUUCUUGCGCUGUAACCCUUAAAAGCCAACGUUAGGUUCAUUUAUAAAGUAUAAAUAAAGUGUUUCUUUAUCAUAUGAAAUAUUUUUGAGUAAAUUUUUAGUUUCCAGACAAGAGAACAAAAUAAACAAACCACUGCGAGACCCUGAAAGGAAACAGUAAGAAUUGUUUAGGUGAGGUUUAUGUAAUGCUUGUUGGUUAAAUAACAUAGUGUUACCCUGCUGUCAGUGAAUUUAAAGAAUAUGAAUUAGUCAUCCAAGUAACUGUUAGUAAGCACAAAAAGUAUCAAUAUGGUCACAAUGUUUCCUCUACAGUUUGUACCAAAAACAACUCACCCAGCAAUCAAAGGUUUGGGGCUUACUAGUAGUGGUUUUUGAUCCAGGCCAUAUGGCUCACCACCUAAAAAUGGGAGACGGCAUUGCUUUCUAAGUUUUUCCCUGCCACCAACAUAUUAAGUCAAAUAAAUCUGGUUUUGGUUUGUUGUAGAAAACGUCAGUAAAUUGCAAAGUGGUCCAGGAUUAAAGCUUUGAUCAUUUCAAUGUAAACCCUUAAAGGAGCACUAAAAUGUCACCACUAGGUGGCUGUUGAGCACUGUCAGUAGAGCUGCGCCUCUCUCUACUUCAAAAAAUCUAAGCAUCAGACCAGGUAUCUGGUUAAAUUUUAUAUAUUUUUUGUUAAAAAAAAUGCCCUAAAUGUGCGCGAGGAUCACGAUGGGCAGCUCACAAGCCCGCUGGGCUGCAAUCAACAAUGCUGUUAGCUGGGCUCGCAGCUACUCUCCUCAAAUAACAGGAACGCCUGGCUCAUUACAUUGAAUCAAAUGAACAUAUAGACACAAGUCUAACAAGACUGUAACACCAACAAGAACAAACAUCCAACUUCAUGCUGUUACUCACCAGUCUGGAGGAGAACAGCUAGCUAGCUCUGAGUUAAACUGGAGCUUCUUCUACUCUGGAAAUGCUCUCCACCUUGGAAGCGCAAUGCCAAUUAUAAUCCUGUUUUUUUUUUUUUCUCUUUCUUUAUCUGAUAACUUAUUUGCCAAAGACUGUUGUUUUAUGUGCGGUAAUGAUAGGUCCUGAUAUUCUUCAAGUGAACGCAGCGGUAGCAUUUUAAGGGGAGGCUGGGGCUAAGCCCUGAACAGCAGCUGUUCAUAUAGACGUACAUGGCCGCGCGGCCGGCCCGGCUUUGUAAACAAGAGACUGAAGAACAACACAGAGAUAGUGUGAUGCCAUAACCCAUCCAAAAAGAUAGAUUUAGUUCUUCACAAAACUAUUUUUAUAGUUCUUUGUCUAAAUUUUUAUGAAAUUUCGCUUAUUGCUCCUUUAAGCUCUAGUGAAAAGUUUCCUAGUAUUCAUCAAAUAUUCUUGCCAAAGGUAAGAAACAUGUCUACCUUCAUCUGACCCAAGUGCUAGGCUCAUCCAAACUUUGAUACACUUCUUUAAAAUGUUGUCAAUAAAUUCCUGUUUUUUCUUCAGAAGUGAGGCAGCUAAUAUAAGCCAUCUACUGACUCUGUCAGUUCUAAAGUCAGAUGUCCGUAUAAACUCGCCAGAGUGCUUCAUACAUGUCUUAAUUUUUGUUUUUAUAUAUAUUUCAUGCGGGAUCCCCUUUUUACUGCAGUUACUUCUUUGCUGCCCUUCGUAUGUUGUGACGUCCCAGAAAAUGCAAAUGAAUUUUAAGCUAAAACUGCAGAGCUUUGUCAAAUGUUUACCUAAUGUUUACAGAAUGAAUCGACGUAUAUGUUCCUGUCAAAGAUGAUUUGUACUGAAUCAAAUUUCUGUUUUAUAACUGAACUGAUUGCUUGGUGCUUUCAUGUGAGUGCUUGGGUGGAGUGAUUCCUUAUUAGCAGAAUCAGAGAGACCUAAUAGAGAAAAGGUCUGUUUACACACUAUAAACAUAUGCACAUAAUACCAGAUGUUCACUUUGUCUUAACAAGUACUAAAGUAGAGAAUACCACAAUAUACUUUGUUUUUUGUAUAUGUUAAAAUUAAUUUUUGGCUCAUUAAGGAGUGUAUAUGUAUUGCCUUAUGUCAUACCUCUUUGAUAAAUGUGUUGAUUCUGCUUAUAUUUUGGUUUUGUUCUAUGCUAUGCAAAAAUAAACCCUCCUGGCAUCACGAGUUUAGACAUAUUAAAUUAACAUAAUCACAUAAUGAAAUAAUCAUUUUAAUAUUUGCCAACUAUUUAAUAAAUGAUAUAUGUAAGAAUGACUUGCAGCGAUUCACAUGUAUUAUGAUAUUUAUGUAGAAAAUUAGAAGUUAUAGGUUAUCAUCCAUGAUUAAUUAUCAUUUUCCGGCUUGUCUUACAAGUAUAACUCAAGAAAAGAUAAAAAAAAAAAACUCCUAUGCUGUUCGUAACAAAUGAAUACUACAAGAUUUGGCUUGUUGGAUGUAUUUUUUUUUUUGUUCUUUUUACAUGUAUUCAAAGUCAAGAAAUGAAAAACGCAGGGCAUUUUACAGUUUAUUAAAUGUAUAAUUUUAAAGUG